AUGACCGCGGCCCCGCGAGUUUUGGCACUGGCCACUCUGCUGGCGGUCGGGGCUCAGACUCUGUCCUACGGCGGCUCGGACGGCCGUCACGCGGCCUCCGGCGUCGAACGGUACACGAAACUCGAUCGGUUCCUCCACGACCGGCUGGGCCUGGCCGGCGUCUUCGGCGUCGGCGGUGUCGGCAACCGGUCCAGCCCACCGGCGCCGACCACCGACCGGGGACUGUUGUCCAGGACGACUGCUGCCGUACCCGAGGACGAGGACGACGACGGCGCGGAUAACGAAGACGGAGAUGACGAUGAUGACGACGACGAGAAGGACGAACAGGACGAGGUGACUCCCGGGCCUUUCGUCAGGCUGCGGCACAGGAAUAGUCAGGCUGCGGUGGCGGCGGCGGUGGCGGCUGAGAAGGACUUAGACGUCUACGGCAAGGACAUACAGAAACACGAACCAGCAAGAACCAUGUCACCGCUAUCAGAAAAUAAAUGGAAAUUUCUCGGUUCUAGGAAGGCUGUGGAAGAAACUUUCCGUAGUUCACACAGAAUUAAUGUGUUGCAAGGGCAAGGUGAUAGCGAAGGAGGUGAAGCUUACAAGCAUCAAAUGAGAAUUUCGAAAGAGGCGUCUUGCAAAGUACCUAGAUCUAAAGUGAUCAAGGUAACUGACAUAUACCCCAGCUCGAAUAAGAAAUAUUUACCUGCGUGUACAAUUCUUCAUGUUUGCGCUGACGAUACAGGUUGUUGUAAUAGUCCAACACUGAAGUGUGGGCCGAAGACUUCACAGCCAGUUUAUUUGCCCUUUCUAGUUUACACAUUACCCGGACUGGGAGACUGGAAGUCGCCUGAACAAUCGUCAAUCCAGAAAUCGUUACUUUUUUACAACCAUACAGAAUGCGAGUGCCAGUCAAGAACGGACGACUUGAUGCCCAGAGACACGAUGCCAACUGUUUCCGUGGUAAACCCAGAUCCGCCGCUGCCGUUCAGGCACAGACCCGAAAAAAAUAAUCAGAACAGUUGCAAGUGUCCCACGGAAUACACUGUACGUUAUUCAACCAACGGUUCAUGUUCGUGUGACUGUUUCGACAAACAACGAGAGUGCAUCCGAUAUAAGAAAGGCAACGUGUAUUUUAAUCAUCUAGAUAGAUACUGCAUUACAUCGGGUCAGUGUGUGCUGCCAAUGUGUGAAUAUGGCAUUUACUCUUCUCGAACCGGACGUUGCCCAAAACAAUUUGAGACUCUAUAUUCGUUACAGAAGAAACAUUACUUCUAA